UUCUCCAUAAUUGGAUGCGUCCUCACUCCGUGCAUUCUUUUUAUCCAGUAAAAAAAGAGAAGGAAAAAGAAAAAGGAAAACUCCCAAUUUCUUUUAAUUUUCUUUUGAGAGUUCAAUAGAACACGCUCGUUACUGGAGCGUGGUACAACAACAUUCCGGCGACUCAUAGCCGACGGCGAGGUUUUCACUGACAUUAUCCAUUUGACGGAGGGAGACGGAAGCUACAGAAAAUGAGCUAUACCUGUCUAUUGUUGAACUCAUUAACGCCGUCAGUGUUUCCCGUGAAAAGAUACGGCAAAUCCAUAUGGCCGUCAGAAUUCCGGUGCCGGAAAACCAGAAAGGCAUCAUCAUUGAUAGUCUAUAGUCGUCUCGAGAAUUCUACGGAAAGCAAUGCUCAACAGCAACAGCUUAACCUUUCCGUGCUUCGUUUCACUCUCGGAAUACCUGGAUUGGACGAAUCUUAUUUGCCGAGAUACAUCGGCUACGCAUUUGGUUUUCUUUUGGUAUUGAAUCACUUUCUCGGCUCAGACUCAUCCGCCAUCACCACAGCGCAGCUAAGAACGGAAGUUUUAGGUCUUCUUCUGGCUGUGUUCUCUGUUAUAGUUCCUUACCUUGGGAAGUUUCUUAAGGGUUCAGUUCUAGUAGAAGAAAGAAAUCUUCCUGAAGAUGCUGAGCAAGCCUUUGUCAUCACAGAGAACAUAUCAGAUAUUCUGAAGGAGGAUUUGGCAUGGGGAACCUAUGUUUUGUUGCGCAACACAAGCAGCAUAUCAGUGCUUUUCUCACUUCAAGAUACAAUUUGUGCUCGUGGCUACUGGAGAACACCAAAAGAUGUAUUGAAAGCUCACUUAUGUGACUGGUUUGAGAAACAGAUCCAGCAAAGUGGUCUUCAUGAUUUGAAGGAGACACUUUAUUUUCCACAGGUCUCAGACUCUGAAGUGUGGGAGAUGCUUCCAAAAGGAACCCGUUCUCUCCUCGUGCAACCUCUAAUACAAUCUGAAACCUCAGAUUCCAGCCAGAAGUGGAAGAAUAAUGGUUUUGUGCUUGUGGCUUCCAGCAAUAGUUACGCAUACAACAAUAAAGAUAGAUCGUGGGUUGGAGCUGUCGCAAAGAAGUUUGGAGGUAAGUGUGUCCAUGCAGAUCUAUAGAGCCUCUAAUAUUUCUUCAAAGUAUGCUAUAAACAAAUGCUGCUGAAAAUUACUUACAUACAUUAAAAAAAUUGUUCAAAAUUUGCUUAUUGAGCUAAUUUAAUGACAUCCAUAAAGCUUCAAAGCUGCGAUUAGGUGCAAACUUGGUUGCAGAUAUGCUACGGUGUGUACUAGUUGAGUUUCCGUUUUAUGUUGACAUCUCUUGGUUCAACUCGCUGCCCUAGGCAAAUAUUUAAGUUCACCUUUUUGCUGCUAGAUGUCUUAUUUCUUUACCAUAUACUUAAAUCAGGGAAGUGCUCAAUGUUUACUUUUGGAAAAAGCUUCACCCAUGGUGUAUCAUUGCAUGCUUGACACGCUAUUGUGAAAAAGAUAGUGAAGAAGAGUUAUAUUUUGGUAGAUGGUACUUAAUAAGCUUGCGAUGGAGAUUAUCCAUGACAUUUUAUUCUGAAUGUAUUUAAUAUUUCAGUUUUCUGCUGUUGAAAUCUAAUAGCUAGUCUUUUUGAUUUAAACUUUUAUGUGUUAGUUCACCCUUUCCUUCCUCGCCCACAAUGGAAAGAGAAUAAGUGAAAGCUUAGUUUCUGACCAUAGCAAGAUUAGCAGCUGGUAUCCAGAACUUAUGAUCUUACAAGUAUCAUUCAAGACGCCGUGGUAUUUGUAAAUUAAUUGAAGUCUUUCCCCUCCAGAAGGCUAUAGACACAAUUUUUUGUAUGUAGUAGAUCCUCUUUUGGUUCAACCCACCUGAAUAUAAGCUUAUUCAUUAUUU